AUGGAAUCAAAAAUUCAGAUGGGAAGGCCUAGGUCUCAAGCUUCCCCGCCAGCCUACACAUUACGCACGACUCCGGACGGAAUACAAAAAGCCAAGCUUUGGAUCCGUCUACUAUCUGCAGCAAUAUGCGUGGUCCUGUUCGGAGCAAGCAUCAAGCUCGAAGAUGUGCCCGGCGUAAUCAUCAUCUUAAUGGCACCAGCUGGUAUAACUCUGAUGUGGGAUGUAGCCAUGAUUCUGGUUCGGUUUCUCCGCAAAAACUCGCAGGACAUUCAUCCUGGAACACGUGUGGGAGUUGAUCUAGUCAUAUGGCUGGGUUUCGGAGCCGUCGCGGUCAUGAUGGCAGCAACAUGGUCUACAUGGGGAUCCAACAUGCCCGAGAUUGAACGUGACGGCGUCAAAUUCGUGCUUGUCAAAGUGGCUGUUAUUCUGGCCACGAUUGAAGCAUUUGUUCACAUUGCUCUAUUUAUUAUCGCUUGUCAUGAGACCCAUGUUCGCAAUCGAUACAAGAAGCUAGUUCGAAGGGUUAGGGCCGUACGGCAUUGCCCAGAGGGUGGAAGCAAGGAAGAUAUUUCAGAAAGGUCUUGA